AUGGACCCGACCGGCCUGAGAGCCCUCACCGCCAUAACCUCAUCAUCUUUGCCGCUCCUCCAUCUCCGCCCCAGAGCUACUCCUCUCCUCCGCCGCCCUUUUCUCUCAUCUCAAAACAAAUCUAGCCCUUUCAGCUUUCCUUUAUUAUCCCUAUCUUCCUCGCUGUGCUGCUCAUCCGAACGGUCCCCAGCCUGUGAGUCGCAAAAUGGUUCGGGUGGGGUUGCGAGUAGAGUUCACCCGAACAAAGAAUUUCUUCAGGUAGUGCUUGUUUCGCCGCAGAUUCCUGGGAACACUGGAUGCAUUGCUCGAACUUGUGCAGCCUCGAAUGUCAAACUGCACUUAGUCGAACCACUGGGGUUUCAAGUUGAUGAUGCGAAGUUAAAGCGAGCUGGGCUUGAUUACUGGCCAUAUGUGGUUGUGAAGGUGCAUCGUUCAUGGUCCGAGUUUCGAGACUACUUCAUGAAACAGGAAGGUGAGAAGCGGCUAUUAGCAUUCACUAAGAGAGGGGUACAUACCCACUCCGAAUUUAAGUACCGAGCAGGUGACUGGCUCGUGUUUGGCUCAGAAACUAGUGGCUUGCCACCCGAGGCACUGGCCGAUUGUAAAGGUGAAUUACUCGGUGGAGGCACGAUUCGGAUUCCUAUGGUUGAAACCUAUGUCAGAUGUCUGAAUCUCUCUGUAAGUGCCGGCAUUGCUUUGCAAGAGAAGGAGAAGAAGACCACCGGAGUUGCUCGAGCAGACGUCGGACGAGCGGGUCGAACGCACGACAACGAGGUGGAAGGGCUAAUCGCGGUUGAAAUUGAGGGGAAAAGCCUCUUUCUUUGUUCGAUCCUCUGUUUGGAGCAGGUUCUCGGGCGGACUCCAGACGAGCUGACGGACGGAAGACAACGAGAGGUUAGCCCAGGUAAGAAAGAAUGA